AGUCAUUAUAGUUGUGUAGUCCAGUUUGUUGCUGUUGCAGGAUAUCCUUACAGCUCCUCGCAUAGAAAUUCCAGGGAUUUGUUUCUGUCCCUCUCCUCUCCUGCGACUGUUUCUUUUGCGCUGUGUAUGUAGCACGUUCGCGGUAGAGAUCUGUUUUUGGCAUUGACAUUUGCUGGACAUUUGAUGCUACAUUUUUUUUUUUACCGUUAGAUAAGGAAUUAACAAGAGUUGUCAUAUGUUUCUGUGUUUUGAAAAGGUUUUGGAAAGACCCGUAUUUCGGUGGGAUAAGCACAAAACGUUGGACUUGUGUUUCUAUUUGCUGUCGGACUAACGGUUUUGUAAUGCACGAAAGACGUGGGGGUUGACAAAAAGUUGGAAGAAUGAAUUUCCACAUAGUCCCGCAGUCAAAGUAACUGGAUAGGUCUUCGAAAACCCUGCUAUAAGACUGCCAGCGGAGCGAUCUACCGAAAGGACUGUACAAGAAGGGGUGGCUCAUCUCGGAUUUGUAGUUUGGAUUUUACGCACCGUGACCCAUAGUCUUAUUUAUCCAAAACGGUUGAACUGAAAACCGGGACAUUCAGAUGUUUUAGUCAAAAAUAUUCUCCUCCAUCCCAUUAGUUGAAUUAAAAGGUCCUAUCGUGUGCCAUCUCUCCCCACUUGACGUAGAACCGUGCAUCGUCUAUCAUGCGCCGCUUCUUGGAGAAAAUAUGCUGCAAAAUUGAGGGAAGUCAAGAAGCAGCAUGACUUGCUCUUGGAAUUCCCUUGAAUCUCAGUUUUCCUCUUAUAUAAUAUCUUGAUGCUGUACAUUUUUGGUUUACAAAUAUGAUGAAAUGGCAGCCCCGGAAGAAGGCAUACUUCCGACAGGGUGUUGCCCUUCAGUACCUUGGUCGCCAUGCCGACGCGUUGGCCGCCUUCGCCUCGGGGCUGGCCCAAGACCCCAAGAGCCUGCAGCUACUGGUUGGCAUGGUGGAGGCUGCCAUGAAGUCCCCACUACGAGAGUCCCUGGAACCCACCUACCAGCAGCUGCAGAAGAUGAAGCUGGACAAGAGUCCAUUCGUGGUGGUGUCAGUGAUUGGUCAGGAGCUGCUGACGGCGGCCCACCACACCGCAUCCGUGGUGGUCCUGGAGGCCGCGUUAAAGAUCGGUACCUGCAGCCUCAAGCUGCGUGGCUCCGUCUUCUCAGCCCUCAGCAGCGCCCACUGGUCCCUGGGCAAUGCAGAGAAGAGCACCGGAUACAUGCAGCAAGACCUGGAGGUUUCCAAGACACUAGGUGACCAAACAGGUGAAUGCCGUGCCCAUGGCAACCUGGGCUCAGCAUUCUUCUCCAAGGGGAACUACCGCGAGGCCCUGACCAACCACCGCCACCAGCUGGUCCUGGCCAUGAAGCUCAAGGACAGGGAGGCAGCUUCUAUGGCCCUGAGCAGCCUGGGUCAUGUGUAUACAGCCAUCGGGGACUACCCUAAUGCCCUGGCCAGCCACAAGCAGUGUGUCCUACUGGCAAAGCAAUCCAAAGACCAGCUGUCAGAGGCACGAGAGCUGGGCAACAUGGGCGCUGUCUACAUUGCUAUGGGCGACUUUGAAAACGCUGUACAAUGCCACGAGCAGCACCUGGGCAUCGCCAAGGCCCUGACCAACAAGAGGGAGGAGGCCCGUGCCUACAGCAACCUGGGCAGUGCCUACCACUACCACCGUAACUUUGACAAGGCCAUGUCCUACCACACCCAUGUACUGGAGCUGGCCCAGGAGCUGGAGGAGCAGCCUAUAGAGAUGAGGGCGUACGCUGGGCUGGGGCACGCUGCACGCUGCAUGCAGGACCUGGAGAGAGCCAAGCAGUACCAUGAACAGCAACUGGCCAUCGCUGAGGGCCUGAAGGACAGGGCUGCAGAGGGAAGAGCCUCCUCCAACCUGGGCAUUAUCCACCAGAUGAAAGGAGACUAUGAGCUCACUGAAACUCCACAAAACCCACCUCUCCAUCACCCAGGAGCUCAGUGACUAUGCUGCCCAGGGCCGGGCCUACGGUAACAUGGGCAAUGCCUACAA